AUGGUCGCUUUUCCUGAUAGUUCUUCCUCAAAGGGUUGGAUAACUCGAGCAUGGAAUGCAUUGUCAUUGGACGGAACCUUUUCGUGGAUUAUUAUGGAGCUACCCUCUCCUAUCACACUAUUAUAUGCCUUCUCACAACAAACAAAGUUAUCUGAUCUUUUACCACUAUCCCUCACUCCUCAUUCCGUUUUGCCGCUUCUCUUCGUUGGACAUUACCUCAACCGUGCCAUCAUUUCGCCACUUCGGACCCCAUCCCGAUCAAGAUCCCACCUUGUUGUAGUACUUGCUGCUAUCGUAUUCAACACCAUAAACGGAAGCGUCAAUGGCACAUGGCUCGGUGUUGGAGCGCGUACUGGUUCGCUUGGCUGGGCUGAUGUUCCCACCAGCUAUUGGGUUGGAGUUGCUAUGUUUGGGCUAGGCCUCUGGGGAAACAUUUGGCACGACGAAGUGCUUUUGAAAAUAAGAAAGGAUAAGGACGGCUUUGCUCUGGCAUCUGGGUCUAUUACGACACGUCUGCAAGAGAGCCUUACGCUGGGCCGUUACGGUGGGGUCUAUAUUACGCCCACCCUAUUGUUCGUUCUAGUGGAGGUUGCUUUGAUGCUUCCAAGAGCACAACGGGGACAUGAGUGGUACCACGAAAAGUUUGACGAUUAUCCCAAGGAACGGAAAGCCGUCAUUCCGUUUUUGCUGUAA